AACGGAAAUUUGAUUCUGUCAAAAAAUCCGGGAUCAUCCACACCGUAAUGCUCAAGGAAAAGAUUCAAAAUGCAUUAUUUCAGUUUGAAGGAUGGGAAUUUGCUUUGAGCCCUGGACAAUUUAAUCUUAUUUCGAUCCUCAAAUUCCGUCGUACGAAAGAUGACUUCACGUACGAUAAGUGUGCUGAGCAUACUGAAAUAAGUAAGUUCGUGUCAUAUGUUGCAGAAACCACAACAGAUGAAAAUUGGAAGAAAGUCGCUUCAGCUCUCAGCGAAGAUGGAUGCUCAAAACACUGUCAGGCUAGUUAUGGAGGCUCUCUGAGACAUCGUCUCAUGUUAAGAACACUGUUCGUUCGCAGUCCUAAUGAUUUUCCAGCUCCAGAUGUCUCGUUUUUUGUUUCUAAAACUCACAAUCAUUUUAUUUCCCAAGCGCCAAGCACAGCGAGAGAUGUUAAAUUGUUCUGGAUUAUUACCCAGUUUGCUGUUGAUCGUUAUGUGUCAGGGAAUGAAGCUUAUAUGAUCGCAGACAAGGCAAAAUUAACUCAUAUGUCGGCCCUUGAUGUUAUCACAACACCACCACCCGAUACUUUUCUCACAACACUACCACCACCCGAUACUUCUCUCACAACACCACCAUCCGAUACGCCACGAACACCAGAACACCAAAUUUAUCGAAAACAAGAUGACUAUUCCGAAUCAUUCGGAUUUCUUUCUUCGGAUAUUUCGGACGAUUUGGACGAUUUGAUAUUAUUGUUUAAGUCAAAUGGUCAUGACAACGACGAUGAGUUUGGCGUAAAAGAUAAGGAUCUUUUCAAACAGAGAUUUGAAGCAUGGACAACUCGAGAAAAUGGAAAUUGA